AUGGCGAUGUUUCAUUGGAUCCUUGUAACCAGGAUCCUGGCUCAAGCCGCCGCCACAACGCAGGCAGCGUCCCAGGCUUCGACGGAAGAUGGCGGGGCGGUAGAGGCAACACCUGCGGAGGAUAUGCCUGCCUACGAGGCAGGAGCCUCGGCAUGGUGGAGCACUGACACGGACUGGAUUCGCGACAGUUCACACGAGAUUUGCAACGCGUACAAUUUCUUCUUCGAGCACAUUGGCAUCCGCAAAGGUUGGCGGACACCUCCUUUCAAGAAGGAAGAUGUGCAG